AUGCCAUGCCUUGCAGGAAAGGAGAUCACCCAAAACGGGUUGGGAUUGAGCCCUAUUUCUCAAAGCUUCCAUUGUCGCUGGCGCAACCGUCUGGAAUGGCGCCAUUUUUACGGGACACCAGACAAUAACUCUCUCCAUCUUAUGAAUCGCUAUUUCACUACUCAUCCGGAGGACACGGAAAAAGUGAUGCUAUGUAUCAAGACCGGAGUAAAAGAAAUUGACAUCCUUGGUUGCGCAAGAACCGACACUGCUGUUCCGGUAGAGGAGAGCAUCAAGGCACUAGCUGAGAUGGAGGUGGAAGGCAAGAAUUGGGGGUUUCAGUUGAGCGAGGUGCGAGCUGAAACGAUUCGUCGAGCCGUGGCACUUGCUAAAAUCAAUAUGGUCGAGGCGGAGCUCAAAUGGGUCACCGCUAUCUGUGGGGAAUUGACUAUUGUCCUUGCCGCACAUACACCACUGGGAGCCGGCAUGCUGACUGGACAAGUCAGAAGCUUAGAUGACGUGCCAGCAAAUGGCUAUCAUCGCUACUUCCCACGCUGGCAACCUGGAAAUUUUGACAAAGAUCUGUUACUUGUGAGGGAGCUGGACGCUUAUGCGAAAGAGAAGGGAUGCACAACAUCUCAGCUGGUUGAGUGGGAUCAGAACUCAGAGUCGAAGACCGGGUAUGCCGGUCCUUGUUCCUGUCGCUGGAUCAAGAUCUGUGAGAAGAAUAUCCGAGAAUGCAAAAAUAUCGAUCUGACGGAUGGUGAUCUCACCAAGUUGAAUUCCAUCUUAAAAAGGUACCCUGUGGCAGGGGACAGAUAUCCUCGCGCUGGACAAGCACUGGCUGAGUAUUAG